GGGGUCCUCGUCACCAUGAACCAAGCAAAUCCAUUCAGUGAACUGGGGCAAAACACUAACACCCAUCUGAAGCAGAGAAGUGAGCGCUGCAAGAGAAAAGAAGCAAAACACAGCCUCCCGCUUCACACCAAAGCACAAUGCUGUCUGUAUCCCAGAAAACUGACGCUGCGCACCUGGGCUGCUAGUUCCGGGUUGUGGAGAAGUCAUGUGACACAGAGGAUGGAGUUCCUGCUGGGGCUGCUCAUGCUGCUGGUCCAAAAUGCUGCAGCAACAAAGAUGAAGAUUGUGGAGGAACCAAACUCUUUUGGGUUAAACAACCCAUUUUUAUCACAGAUAAAUAAGCUGCACCCGAGGACGGAGCCCUCUCCAGUCUCAGGUCCAUCACACCUUUUCAGGCUGGCCGGGAAGUGCUUCAGUUUUGUGGAAUCCACAUACAAAUACGAGCUCUGCCCUUUCCACAACAUCACCCAGCAUGAACAGACAUACCGGUGGAACGCCUAUAGUGGUAUUUUAGGAAUAUGGCAAGAAUGGGAAAUUACAAACAAUACAUUCAGCGGCAUGUGGAUGAGAGAAGGGGACACUUGCGGAGCCAGAAACCGUCAGACAAAGGUUCUGUUGGUGUGCGGAAAACACAACAAGUUGUCCGAGGUUUCGGAGCCGAGCACGUGUGUCUAUUCCAUGACGUUCCAAACCCCACUUGUUUGCCACCCGCAUGCACUACUAGUGUACCCCACUCUAAGUGAGGCAUUGCGGAGGCGGUGGGAUGAAGCUGAACAGUCUUUAUAUGAUGAACUAAUUACCGAGCAGGGUUAUAGGAAAUUGCUGCAAGACAUAUUUCGGGAAGCCGGGUACUAUAAGUCCAAAGAAAACGAAAGUGGAGUAAAACAGAACCAGACAGAGCAUAAGGUGUUUGAGUCGUUGGAGCAAUGUAGCACGGCUCACGCUGAACUGUCUGAGGAAAUAAAGCGACUUCAAGGCAUUUUAGAAAAACAUGACAUUUCCUAUAAUAAAAAUGGUUCAACUCGAGAAAUUACGCAUCCAGUUGCUUUAAUCACACAUACUGCAAGAAUAGAAAACCAUCAUCCACGCGGCGAUACUGGUGAACGAGAGUCUUUAUAGCACCAGCAUUGUUCUCUGAGGACUGCAGCACUAAUCAUUUGGAUUGUCAGAAUUGCUUUAAUCACAAAGAUACUGAAUGCUAUCAUUUGUUCUAGACCACUGAACAUAUGCUUACUGUGGGUGGUUACCGUAGUUCCAUACAAAUAAAGACUAUCAUUAAGUGUA